AUGACUAUCCGCAAACAAUAUCCCCCUCGUACAUACCAGGGUUUCCCCGAAGAAGAGGCAUCCGACGGUGCAUCCCAUACCCCAUCCAGCUCAGACAAAUCUAGAUCAGCCGCAGCGGAAGCCCGGAGACUGGCUUCUGAGGGAUCUUGGGCAGACAAUUUUGCGGGCGAAACACCUGCGACAAACCGGACGCCGACGGCAUCUACAGUUGACGAUGAAGAAUCUCGGGGUGUCCAAUAUCCCCAGCUAUCGCAUGAGAUAGACCCGUCAGAUCCACCACCUAUGUAUACCCCCUCCGAUACUACCCCCUCUCAGCCACCCACCGGACCUGCCUCUCCUGUUGUGCAUAGAGCACUCCCAGCACAACCAGAGAUUGUAAGCACUCCUGAUACAAUUGCUCCAUCUCCAAUCCCCCCCGUGCAACGCGCUUUCCGAGACGACGAAGACGGCGUAAACCUUCCUGAACCCGUUCAAUAUUCGUACGGCACGUGCAGGCAUGAGCGUCCAGAUCAAAACUAUGACGACACCGACUCGGACAAUCUACCGGCCUUCUUAGGUUCUUCUAGCAGAUGGGGCCGAGGAAGACGAUGGUGGAGGAGGCGCCACGGCGAAGGUCGCGGUCGAGGUUGUGGCGGUCGACGAUUGGGUCGACGAAGGGAGAAUCACAAGGAACGAGCUCGGCGGUGCAAAAAGAUCUGCUGGUUUACGUUCGCUCUCCUCUUAUGCCUGUGGUUGAUGAUACCCGGCUUGUGCAAGUCGUUCUCGAAAGAUAACAGAAGCCGAUUCCCCGUCUUCAGCCCUGAUCCUUCUUCAUCACCCUGGCCUCCUGUUCCGAAACGCGAACAUCGCGAGCACGAGACCUCUCGUUCCAUCUCGGGAACCUACCAGCUGUAUGAUCUGCUCGACCUCUCAACCACCAGUGGCAGCAUAAAUGUCAACAUCCAGGUUCAGUCCGGAGAUAAACCAGCUGUGCUUCGCCUCGCGACAAAAUCGGGAAGCGUGCAUGUCAGAUUCAGCUCCGGUGGAGGGUUCUUCAGCAAGCCCGUUAUCCCAAAGAUAUCUGAUCAACGACCUUUGAUGAUAGAUAUUUCGACAAACACUGGCAGUGUUUCAGGUGAUUUGGUGUAUGGGAAUGGUGGCUCCACGACCAUCUCCACACGCUCCGGCUCGAUCACUUUGACCAUGUACAGUGUUGGAGUGUCCGAGAGGGACCCUGUGUCCAACAUCUCGACCACAACUACCACGGGAAGCCAGACGCUCAAAAUUAUGAGUCCCCUGGCUUCGACUGAGGCAGUCAGAGCCAUCCAAGCAAGGCACACUGUACAAGGUAGUGGCAGUAUGAAUAUCCAAUAUCCUCAGGAGUGGGAGGGAAUGGUUCAUAUCAAGGUCGCAGGAUCCGGGAGCGUUAUUGCCAGCGGACGAGAGCUUAAUGUGCAGAAGGAGAGCUCUCGGGAAUUAUAUGGAUAUAAAGGUAGCAAGGAGGGAAGGACGGUGGAUAUCUUUACGAGUGGAAGUGGCAGUGCUCUGUUCCAGUGUUAG